AAAUUGCCGUCGCACGGUUGGGGUGUUCCGACUGAUUGAUGGUAUUACAAUGCAAUUGACGUGAUAGCUUGCGAGUUUGCCGUUAGAUCUCUGCGAUGUCAGGGCGUCGUCUUCUCGAUGCCAUCACGCUCCUCAACGCCACACGCAAUGUCGCCGCAAAGCACCUUGCUUUGCAGAGAAAGCACCUCGAUAUCCACGCACGAACGUCGUCGCUGACAAAAGAGAUCAAGUCUCAGUCAGAUCGAUUGGGUCUUGCGCUCAAAGCAGCUACUGAAUUAGCGCGGAAACUCGACGACUCGUCACCGAGCACUGCCACGGGAAGGGCUAAUGUGGGAGCGGAAGAUUUUACAACAGCGGAGGAUGGAAGGAAUUUUGCUGAAAAUUCAAAUUCUCCCGAGAUCAGAAAUAGUGAAGGGCUAGACGAAGGGCAGGAGGGCGUGAAAAUAAGUUCAACCCAGGCGUUCGAAUCGGAAUAUGCGCCUAAACAAGAUGCAGUGCCUCCAAAAAUCGGAAGCGAUGAAAGGUCUGCUCCAAAGACGACAGAGCCACUGGAUGAUUUGAGUAACACUACAACUAGCAAUGUAACGGGGUCUACAAACAGUGAAAAUGCUGUCAACCGCGAGGAGCUCCCGGAUGAUAUGGUGAAGCAGCUCUUCCGAAGCCAGAAAAUGUCAAAUUCUAUAUAUCGGAAUCGCCACGGUGGAAAAUCUUUCGUCUCUGACGAGAUGUCCGGGAGGAGCCCUUUAGCCCCUGGAUUUGCGUCUGCGCAACGCACAACAGGCGCAUCCCAUCCCGCUAGUAGUCCAGUCGAGCCCAAGUCGAAUUUAGCAACGAUGGCUUCGGCUCAGCCCACAGAACAAGACCAAAAUCCGAUAAACUUUCAAGAAAUCCACGAAGAAACAGCCAAAAUAGACGCGAAUGAGACCCCUUUAAAACGAGAAUACCAAAUGGUAGAAUCUCGCAUACCAUCAUCUCGCCUUGGAAGGCUGUGGGAAUACGGCGGUCUUGCAACAUCAAUGGCAUUCGGAAUAAUGGGCGAAAGCAUACGUCGAGUUGCUGGCAGUGAUGAGGCGAGCACCGGCUCCUUGCUGCUUAAUCCUGCAAAUAUAGGGCGUCUUGUGGCAAAGCUAUCUAAAAUGCGAGGCGCCGCCCUUAAACUUGGACAGAUGCUUAGUUUUCAAGAUUCAAAGAUGCUACCCCCAACGAUCCAAGAGGUCCUGCAGCGUGUCCAAGACAGGGCCGAUUACAUGCCUGCUUCGCAGCGGGACAAGGUUUUAACCGAUAAUCUGGGAUCUGAUUGGAGAAACUUGUUUGCAACUUUUGAUGAGGUCCCAAUGGCUGCCGCGUCCAUAGGACAGGUUCACGGCGCCACACUGAAAGAAACUGGGCAACGAGUGGCAGUGAAAGUACAAUAUCCAGGUGUCGCUGAUUCCAUUGAUUCCGAUUUAAAGAACCUAUCGAUUCUACUUACCGCAUCCCGCCUCCUACCCAAGGGUUUAUAUCUGGAUAAAACCAUUGCAAACGCGCGGAUCGAGCUCGCUUGGGAAUGCGACUACAUUCGCGAGGCAGAAUGCGGCCAAAAAUUCAGGCAAUUCCUCCAAGACGACACGCCCACGUUCCUUGUCCCCGAAAUUGUCACCUACGCCUCGGGCAAACAGGUCUUGACCAUGGAACGCAUGGACGGCAUAGCAGUCACCAAAAUCCAAAAUUUCACUCAGGGCCAGCGAGAUUGGAUUGGAACUCAAAUCCUUCGCCUUUGCCUCCGCGAAAUCUGCGAAUUCAGAUAUAUGCAAACCGAUCCGAACUGGACCAAUUUUCUCUACAACGCUCAAACCAACCGGCUUGAACUUCUUGAUUUUGGCGCCUCACGCGCGUACCCUGCCUCGUUCAUUAUAACCUAUAUCCGCAUCUUACUCGCCGCGUCUCGCAACGAUCGCGAGAUGUUACAUGAGCUAUCUCUCAAGUUGGGCUAUCUCACGGGCUUCGAAUCACAAGCCAUGAUCAACGCACACAUCGACUCCAUCCUCACGCUCGCCGAGCCGUUUAGAGAGAGUUCUCCUGAUAUAUAUGAUUUCAGCGAUCAAACAAUCACAGAGCGGGUAAAGGAGUUGAUUCCUUUGAUGCUAAGAGAGAGAUUGGCGCCGCCGCCCGAGGAGACGUAUUCACUUCAUAGGAAACUUAGCGGAGCAUUCUUGCUAUGUGCAAGAUUGGGAAGCAGAGUACCAUGUCGGGAGCUGUUCGCAAACGCCUUGAGCAAAGUGGAAUGGGAUAAUGAGGAAGGAAAUCACACUGCGAGUGCGAAUUAGUAAAUC